AUGGCGUCCACUGACACUAUCCUUGCUGGGAAAUAUCCCGCUAAAGCUCACGCGCGCAAAGUCGCUGAAUACCUCCGUCGCAAUGGGUAUACCAAUGACGGCGUUAUUUACUUAGAAGCGCAGAAGACACGCAUGAUCGAAGAUAAUGAUGAGCCAGUUCCCUUCAGGCAGCGUCGACCUUUCUUCUAUCUCUCUGGCUGCGAGCUGCCCGAUUCGUACCUGGCAUACAACAUUAAAACCGAUGAACUGACCCUUUUCAUACCUGGGAUCGAUCCUGAUUCUGUAAUCUGGUCCGGCCUUCCUCUCUCCCCCGACGAAGCUCUUCGAAUCUACGAUGCCGACAUCGUCUCAACUACCGACAAAGUCAACUCGACCCUGGCUAGCAUUGCAUCCUCAUCGGGUGACAAGGCCACCAUCUUUGCGAUCCCCGAGCAGGUAUCAGAAGAUAUUUCAUUCAAGCCUUUUGCCGAAACCAACUUUUCCAUCCUCAAGAAGGCCAUCGAGGACAGCCGCGUCGUGAAAGACGAGUACGAAAUCGCACUACUACGAAAAGCAAAUGAUAUCUCCGCAAAGGCACACAUCGCCGCCAUAAAAGCAGCAGGAAGUGCUAAGAACGAGCGCGAGAUCGAAGGUGCAUUUAUCGCCACAUGUAUUGCCAACGGUUGUCGGGAGCAGUCAUACCAUCCUAUUGUCGCCAGCGGCACGAGCAGUGCUACUCUGCAUUACCAAAAGAAUGACGAGAAUCUGAUCGACCCCGUCACUGGGGCGAAGAAGUCGAUUCUACUCCUUGAUGCCGGUGGUGAAUACCGCACAUACUGUGCGGACAUUACUCGCACCUUCCCGUUAUCAGGAAAGUUCACGCCGGAAUCUCGUCAGAUCUACGACAUUGUACUUGAUAUGCAGAACAAGUCGUUCGAACAGCUGAAAGAGGGCGUCCAGUGGGAAGAUGUGCAUGCAGUCGCUCAUCGUACUGCAAUCAAGGGUCUGCUCAAGCUUGGCAUUCUACGCGGUUCCGAGGAGGAGUUGUUUGAGAAGAGAGUCAGCGUGGCUUUCUUUCCUCAUGGCCUCGGACACUAUCUUGGAAUGGACACACAUGAUACUGGCGGAAAUGCAAACUACAACGACACCGACACCAUGUUCAGAUAUCUUCGUGUGAGAGGCCGUCUUCCUGCCGGAAGUGUGAUUACAGUCGAGCCCGGUGUUUACUUUUGCCGUUUCAUCAUCGACCCAUUCCUCAAGGAUGCAGAGCUCAGCAAAUACAUUGAUGCCGAUGUCCUCGAGCGGUAUUGGGCCGUCGGAGGAGUCCGUAUUGAGGAUAACGUAGUUAUUACUCGUGAUGGCUAUGAGAACCUCACCACCGCUCCGAAGGCUGCUAUGGAGAUGGAAAGCUUGGCUGCGGAGGGCUCUCACUAA